CUCUGGUUCUGUGCAUGUGUUUACUUAUAUUCUGUUGCAGGCGAUUAUAGUCAGUGAAAAUGGCGUCUUUGGAACCGCUGCAAAACAAAACAUGGGAUUUGUCUCUUUACGAGUUAAACCGAACACCGCAAGAAGCAAUUACGGAUAAUACCGAAAUUGCAGUUUCUCCUCGCAGCUUACAUAGUGAACUGAUGUGUCCGAUUUGCUUGGAUAUGUUAAAAAAAACAAUGACAACAAAAGAGUGUCUCCAUCGAUUUUGCUCUGACUGUAUUAUCACUGCACUUCGUUCUGGUAACAAAGAGUGUCCAACCUGCCGGAAAAAGCUGGUUUCAAAGCGUUCAUUGAGGCCGGAUCCCAAUUUCGAUCUGCUGAUAUCAAAGAUUUAUCCUAGCAGGGAUGAGUAUGAAGCCCAUCAAGAACGAGUGCUUGCUAAAUUUAAUCAAAGUCACUCGCAACAAGCACUUGUACAUUCUAUUAAUGAGGGCAUUAAACUUCAGUCCCAGAAUCGACCAAACCGUAAGCAGAAAAGUGAAAAUGAUUUAACAGCAGCUUCCGCUGCAAUCAGUGCUUCGCCAUCUGUCUCUACUGCAAAUCCUUCCACUGGAACAGCAAAUUCUGUAAAUAAUACUACUACGAAUAAUACUAACUCAAAUGUUUCAACCAAUGGAAAUGUCGGGGAACUAGUUAAUCGUGACGGAUCAUCCGUUAGCCAAACUGGAGAAUGCACAAGGCAGUCAUCCAAUCCACCCUCAGUCAGAAGCACUCCUUCGCCAGUUCCUUCGAAUGUCAGCUCAGCCAGUAAAGCUAAAAGAGCGAGAUCAGUUUUGACAUCCGAAAAGUCAGAAGAAUCUGAAAGCAACAGUGAGAUGGAUGGUAGAACUGAGGAAAAUGAUUCAAAUUUGGAUACUGAGGGUGAAGGGAAUUCUGAGCAUGGCAGUGAUGAAAUUGAGUUAGUGUUUAAACCUCAUCCGACAGAAAUGGCUGGUGAUAAUCCAUUGUUAAAAGCACUGAAAGAAAAUUCGGUUCGGUACAUUAAAACUACUUCGAAUGCUACGGUCGAUCAUCUGAGCAAAUACUUGGCUAUGCGACUUACGUUGGAUCUGGAGACAGAAUUACCUGAAGCAUAUAGACUUGUUAAUUUCUGCAUUUAUAUUGCUCCUCAACCAUCGCAGUUAGUAGUACUUAGUGGCAAUCAAGCUCUUUCGCAAGUCAAUGAAAAAUUUUGGAAGGUUAACAAACCUUUAGAGAUGUACUAUUCGUGGAAGAAAUCCUAGGGCACCGCUUAACCGACAAAGCGUUGAUAGGACUGUGACAUUAGUUGUAGUGCUUGACAAGCAAGCAGUGUACAUUAAAUGCAAACAGAAUAGAUGGCAAUUUUUUUUCAACGUUUGGUUUCUAGAUUUGAACUAUUCCAUUUCAGAUAAUUUUAAAUCUACUGAACAUACAUUAGAUUGAAACUAAUAAACAUCUCAAGUUACUAUGAGUCCUCUCAA